AUGAAUUCGGAUAACCCUGCCCAUGUUUUACAAGCACAAGCUAUGAUGAGAUAUGUGUACGAUGCAUCAAGUAGUCAAGCUGAAUCAACUAGGAAUGAUCAAACAAAUAACAAAGAUAAAAGCACUCUAAGUCCAACAGAGGACCCAGGGGAAGAAACUCAAGAAAAUCGACUGUUCCAGUCGAGAGAGAUUAUGAAUUCGGAUAACCCUGCCCAUGUUUUACAAGCACAAGCUAUGAUGAGAUAUGUGUACGAUGCAUCAAGUAGUCAAGCUGAAUCAACUAGGAAUGAUCAAAGGGCUAACCUGAUAGUUGCAGACUAUAACAGAUUGUAUUUAAUAAAUCUAAAUGAAACCACAGUUACUAAACUUGUAGUAGGGUUACAGAUAGGAGGACAAGACACCGUCAAAGUAGACUAUCACCAAACAAAGUCAUAUAUCUAUUGGUUAGAUUCAUAUUAUGGUUAUAUACACAGAACAUGUUAUCCAUGUUACAAGGAUGAAAGAAAGGUUGACGAAAUUAUUCCUAGGUCGUCAUCAUUAUAUCACCCAUUUAGUUUAGCCAUAGAUUCUGAUCGGGAUCAUAUAUAUUGGUCGGACAGCAGCCACAACGCAAUCCUUCGCUCUGAACUAGAUGGUUCAAAUAUAACAUAUGUUUUAAACAGAACAGUUGGAAUAGGAAACAUUGCUUUGGAUACAACAAGCAGUAGGAUUUAUUUCAUGGAUGAUGGAAUCGGAUCAAUUGACAGAUGUACAUUAGAUGGCCAAGAUCAAACAACAAUUAUAAGCGAUUCUAUGUUAACAAGAAAAUCCCGUAUAGUUUUGGAUUUCAGGAGUAGAAGGAUUUUUUGGACAGUUGGAAAUACAGUGAGAAGUGCAACGUUCGAAGGAAUGGAAUUUAACGAAUUUCAAGCAUACGGUUCUCAGUAUUCCUGGUCUAGGGUGAUUGGCAUUGAUGUUCAUGCAGACGAUUUGUAUUAUACCAACACUAUUCGUUAUGACAUGUAUAAAGUAAAUAAAUCUGGAGAGAAUAGUGUCAGAGCAGCUCGCGUAUAUAAUCAUAUGCGAGAAAUACGCACUUAUGAUGGAAAAAUUAUUACGGAUUCCUGUGAUGCAUUUAAAAGUCUAAACAAUGCUGAAAAACGCUCAACUGGAUUUUAUGUCGAUUGGACUAGUGAUGAUCCACUUACUGAUGAAACGUUAGAAGAAGAUUGGUAUAGAGUGAUGAGCGACAACGGUGAUGAAAUGGCAAUAUCCCCUCCAGGAAUGAAGUUUUGUGGAACAACGAAUCCAAUUUGGUUAAAUGGGACAUUACCUAGCUUUGAAGACGGAAAUAAAUCUGUCAUAGCUUGUAUGCAGACACACAAUAGUGUGUGCGAACAAACACUUGAUAUUGUUAUACGGAAUUGUGAUGGCUAUUAUGUAUACUUUCUACCACCAACACCACCAGAUUCAUCUUAUUGCUUCGGAAGUGGCCCAGUUAAAUGUCCAACUGAUAUGUCUUCGGAAACUGAACAUUAUCCAGGUUGUAGUUCAAAUUUUCCAACUGAUACUAUGUCAGUAGAGGUAAAAGCAGUUUUAACAGAAGGCGAAAGCUUCAAAAUAGGAAAUUAUGACCCAACACCCAGUUUGAUACCUAUUUUCAAAUGCGAAUUUGAAGACAUAUCAAACGGAACCUAUGGUUAUGAUGUUUAUUGGUAUAUAUGUGCAAACGAAGUAAAGAAUAGUACAAACUUGCUAUUUAAAGAUAUUGAUGAGGCUGUAGUUCUACGAGAGACUGAUUGGAUCGGUAAAUACAGGAUGAACAUGCAGAUUAGGUGUAAAGUACGGAUGAGAAAUUCAAGACAGUCAACACCCGGGCCAUACUUAGACAGUCCUAUUUUCAGAGCUGGGUUAUUUAAAUAUCCUGUUUUGUGA